UACAGUCUCGAGGGAGAUAUCAAUAUCGGCGCAGUUCUUUCAAUUCAUAUAUCAAAGAAUGGUAAAAGUUGUUCUGAGCAUAUUCCCACCUUCAGACCAAUAGAAUAUGUAGAAGCGGUUAUUUUUGCUAUCAGUGAAAUAAACAAUAGAACAGAUUUAUUACCAAAUAUUACAUUAGGAACUGUUAUACUGGACGAUUGUCUCCUACCAUCAAUGGUCUUAUCACGUGCAUUACAGUUUAUGCCGGCUGCCCAUCAUUUUGUGCGGCAAGAAACAACUUGUAAUAAUUCAUCAUGUAUAGAUCACGCCCACCAAUCAUUACCAAGAUUUUAUGAUGUUAUUGGUGUACUAGGGGCAUACACAAGUUCACUUAGUAUUGUUCUAGCUAAUGUCAUGUCCCUGUAUCAAAUUCCUCAAAUAAGUCACACGUCUACAAGUGAUUUACUAAGUGAUAAAAAUAGAUUCCCAUACUUUCUUAGAAUGUUACCACCAGACAAAAACCAAGUGAAGGUCAUUGCAGAUCUGAUCAACCAUUUUAAUUGGAAGUAUGUGUCAGUAGUUUACUCAGCAGGAAGUUACGGUGAAGAAAGUGAGCGUCAGUUGGUCAAGUUGUUUCGUGACCUGGACAUUUGUGUCGCACAGUCUUUAGAAUUGAGGAAUAACAUGCUCAAGUUACAGUAUGACGAUGUCAUUGAUUCACUAAGGAGAUUUAAAGACGCAAGAGUUGUAGUUCUUUACGCUGAUAGUGAGCAUGCUUCAUCAUUGAUAAAUGCAGCGAAAAGAAAGGGAGCUUAUCGUGAAUUCAUUUGGACAGGAAGUGAUGCCUUGAGUCUAAUUUUAGACGAUGAUAAUGAAUACUGUGAUUGGAAUUUGGGAUCAUUAAGUGUGAGGCCUUUUUCUGCAAAUCUUCCAAGAUUUUCAGCAUAUAUGAAAUCGCAGCGUGAAAUGAGAACUAGUGGAGAAAAUUCUAUAGAUGAUCUCCACUCAUGGUUGUGUUAUAACUCUUCAAAAGAGAAUUCAAAUUUCAGGAAUGUAGAAAAUGCAAAAGAUGAUGACUAUGUUCCCAUAUUUGCAGCAUCGUAUGUUAUCGAUGCUGUUUAUGCUUUUGCAUAUGCCCUUGACACCUAUAUCAAGAAGUAUUGUCAGGGAGUUUUUGGUAAAGAAUUGAGACAUUGUGUGAAUGGUGAAACACUCCUUGGUAUUUUAAAGGAUGUUACAUUUAAUGGGUCGAUUGGUGAAAUAUCUUUUGACGAGAAUGGAGAUGUUGUAGGUAAAUAUGAGAUACGCCAGUGUCAAUCGAAAUAUGGUGUCCCUCGUCACGAGGAAGUCGGGAUAUGGGAUAUGAAAACGGGAAUGCUAUCUUUAAAGCAAGGGAAACUCAAAUGGGAGAGUGAAAACGCCAGUUAUUAUGAAAGUGAAGGGCUGAACAACUCAAUUCCAGAUUCAGUUUGUGCAGAUCCUUGUACAAUUGGUCAAAUAUAUUCCUUUUCUCGGGAAACUUGCUGUUGGAAAUGUAUUAAUUGCAAAGACAACGAAAUUGUAUCUUUGAACUCAACCCGUUGUGACGCAUGUCCGUAUCUGUAUUGGCCAGACUUUGGAACUAGAGCAUCGUGUAUAGAAAUAACACCAGACUAUGUGACAAUAACAGAUAUGGUGUCUGGUCUGAUUUGUGUUUUUGCUAUUGUGGGAUUCCUUGUUUCAGUGUUUGUUGCUAUGUUAUUUCAUUCCUAUAGACAUGAAAGGAUCAUCCGAUCAUCAAGUCGUGAACUUAGCCAGCUGAUGCUGGUCGGUAUAUCUGCUGCCUUUAUGUUGGUGUUAAGUUUUAUGACAGUACCAAAUAGCUGUACAUGUUACCUGAAUCACAUUGGCUUUAGUUUGACUUUCACCUUUGUUUACGCGCCACUUCUUGUAAAAACCAAUAGGAUAUACAGAAUAUUUCGCGCUGGAAGAAAAACUACCUUGUUACCACGUUGCACAAGUUCUCCAGCACUAGUUGCCAUAGUAACUGGAAUCAUAUCUAUACAGAUUCUUAUUAUCAUUUUAUCAACAAGUAUGGCUCAACCAGAGGUAAAACUACGUAUGCCAGUUAGAAGUGAAAAGUUUGUAGAGUUAUAUUGUGAUAUGCCAUUAGCAGGUCUUUUAUCGUCGUUAUCGUUUAACGUUUUCUUGGUUAUGAUAUGUACAUUUUACGCCUUCAAAACCAGGAAACUUCCUGAUAACUAUAACGAGUCGCGUUAUAUAGCAUUUUGUGUGGACACAACGUUAUUGGUCUGGAUAUCAUUUGUUCCGACAUACUUUACAACAUCUCGAGCAUAUUAUAAAGUGAUCAUUUUAUCUUUAGCGUUGAUUUUGAAUUCAGUGGUGAACUUAAUGUGUUUGUUUGUGCCUAAAUUGUAUGCCUUAUAUCAACAUAAA